GGGAAAUGCAGAAUCCUUCAAGAUAAGGAGAAAUAUUACUACGUGCAAUGUGGCGGAGCCGGAAAGAAGAAAAAAGGUUCAGGCUCGGAAAAAGGAAACGAAAAGAGCCCGGGUGGUGAGGUAAGUCAGAACAAGAACAUUAUUACUCAUAGUUUAAUGGAAUCUCCCUAUAAGCAAAUAAAAACGCUGAAGUUUAAUAGCUUCUCUUUAUUACAAAAUAAAGAAAAAUUUCAAGAAUUAAAAAAAAUCCCAGCAUUACACAAACCCGCUUGCAGACUAAAAACGUUAUAAAUUGCAGUUCUUUCUAAAUAAAUUCUGAUGCUGAAAAAGGUAUAUCACGUUUUGUUUGAUCGAGGUCACAUAGAAAACUGUGGGAGUUUGAACUUUGUUCGUCAGUUAAUGAUACAUCUACUUGGAUAUUAUGUAAUUUGGGUGUUUUCUUCACAAACAUGAAAAAUGAGAAAAUCAAGUUAAAGAACCUGUUCGAAAUAAGGAUUUCAUUCUUUCUUUCCUUUCAAUCGUAUCCUUGAGUUAUGACGUGAUCGAAAAAACAAGUUUGGUUUCCACACUAAAACCCGAUAUUUUUCUAACUCUUCAGCAAAAAGGUUGGGCAGCUUUCACAAGGCCAAGUUUCAUCUCCUUUCCUUGUUUUCUCUCGAUUUACACAAAGCCCUUCUGAGAUGAUAAAAUUGAUGCCCCGUAUCAAAGCACUAAACUGUUAAAAUUCUUAAUACUCCUGUUUGAGGACAAACCUUUCAUCAUGUCUUCAGACAGUCGGUUCAAGUAGAGACCGAAGUAGCUGACUUUUUCGGCAUAAAAUCGGGUUGCAUUCUGCAAAAUAGAUGAAUACACUCUCAGUCGUCCUUCGUGCAAACUUAACUCGUUCUUUUUAAAUUUCGUUUCUAGUUUAACCCUUUUUCUGGAUUUAAUUUUAUAAGGUGCCAAGCGCAGCGUGAAAUAUCCGGACAGCGCGGUUCAGUAAUUAAUUAAAUACAACUUUACCACCAAAGAGGUUUUCUCGAAGAUUCCUUCUCAAAUGUUAGCCCUAGCCCUUUCUGCUCUCUCUUGGUAUGGCUUUCUAAUGAAGUUACCCCUAUAAGUACAUAUCAACGAUUUUAAAACUAAAUUCUAACGAAUACAACAUAAAGCAAGUUAACUACUCUUCUAUAGUAUCGAAUUGACACCGCGUGAGCCAAACCUAUCACAUGAUCUGAAUUUUCCUCGUUUUUCAUCAAUUCACUGCGGGCUAAAUAACUCUCUCAUCGGCUAUGUGUUUUUGAUGUAUCUACUGCCGAAGAAGUCUUUCAUUGUCACUCUCCACAGCUUGUAAGCGAUUUUAAACCCAUUGUACCUCAUCGUAGUUCGUUCUACAAUUCUUCCCAAAUUUUUCACGCCCAGUAGCAUGGACCCCUGUAAUGGCUUAAAAACAUAUGCUGCUUCACAAAUGUCUUUUAUUCUGUAGCUUCUCUCACUCUACCCUUCAAAGUCUAUCCUAUACUCAUCGCUCAUUAGAUGAGGACACCCCCAUGUAUUAAUUUCACAAUGUGAUGCGCUGAUUUGCGACAUGUGUUUUAGUCGGAAAUCUCUAUUUGGGUACAUUUGACCGACCAAGCCGAUAACCAUAUUUUAUGGUGUGGUAAUUAAUUUAGUUAUUUGGAUUUCCAUACCUAAAAAAUUACUCACUUAGUUAGUAUCAAACACGUUUCAGCCAAAUAAGAGUUUUAAGCAUGUUUGGAAUGCCAUCUGAAUCAUUCGACUUUUUGAACUCUAAAAAGUUGCAUUGAUUACACGCUGGCUCUUUUUUUAAGCCUUCUUUACUUACUGCUCCCACUUAAGUCUCCGAGAAAGACCUCAUUAAUAUAUAGAUUUAGCUAAGCCUAAUAGCGGAGCUCUUGUUAGUUAAUUUUCUAGCCCUUAGGGAUCAGUUCGGGGGGUGGGGAGGGAGGGGAAGAAUUGACGAGGUCUGGAACCUGGGGACGAUGUUCUCACAACUUGCAAAGCGAUCAACACGCAUGCUAGUCAUCGGUAUCUUCGAGGAGCUGAGGACCUUCGUUGUUGUCUCUGAUGCUCUGAGAAAGGAAUCUUUUCUUCUUCAGAUGAAGUAUGCGAUGUCAGCAUCAUUUGAAAUUAUACUCUUUUGAGCGUACCUGAUAAUAUUGGUUCGGGAAAGUGAGCCAAAAUUGAAAGAAACGACGGUAAACUACUUCAAGUUAAGACAUCACCGCUCGAUUGAAGAGUAUACACGUGAUAACAGUGAAACAGUAAAUCAAGACGCCAGAAUCGCAUGGGCUUCUCUUAUGUCUUCUCUUGAAGUUACCAGGUAUGACUGCUUACCCCACCGUUUUUCCCUAGCGUUGCAACCUCCUCUGUUUCGCGUAAAAAUUAAGAAGAAAAGUCAUUUUCAACUCGUGUUUGAACCUGUAAUUUUCUUUUAAGAUUUUUCCUCUUUUGGCUAUUCUUGUUUCAUCAUGUCCUCUGGUUGAAAAUUCAAGGCGUCUUUUUGAGACUUUUUCUGUCAUUUGAUUCAGUAACCUCUGCUGUAACUGCUUACAAUGUAGGUGUGUUUAAACCAACUUUCCAUGAUCUUAGCAACUCUAGCUAAUGAAAUACGAAAUUUGUCUAACAUGUUUCUUGCCUUGUAAAAGUGUAACAGUGAAUUUUAUUGAUGUGUAAAAAGUUUUCAUUUGACUAUCGACUGGCAAGUCGUUGUAUUAUAAGUCAGGGAAACAUACAUCAUGUUUGAAAUGUCAUGUCUACAGUAAGCAAAUAGGAUUGAGGAGGGUGUAUGUGGGAAUAGGCUCGCUUGUCUGUAUCGUUAAUUUGCUAAUUGCUCCUGUUGCCAAUGUUUUGAUGAGGUUGGGCUGUCAAGUUGAAGGAACUGAGGAUUUUAGAAGGCAGUGACUUUUUUCAAACCUGGAAGAUAUCAUCAUGAAAGCCAUACUUGUGCCUGGUAACUCUUUCUUAUUCUGAUAAAUUAGUUUUUGAAGGAUACAAUAUUUUGUUACUAAAAUUUGAUGCAUAGGCUGUGCACAAAACUUUCAUUUGACUAUACUUUUAUAGCCAAUAUCAAUCCUUACACAUAAUGAGAUGUUAGUGGGAUCAGAGGAAAAAAUAAUGUACCAAACAUCUGUAAGAUUUCAUGUAAUUAUUUUAGUUACAUGAAUAUUAACUGAUACUAGAUCUAAGAGUAUUCAAAAGAAUGUAAAAUUUGUUUGAAAAAUUAGAACUCAGCAUGGGCCAAAUAAACAAGAUUCUUAGAAAAAGAAAUGUUUACUAAUGCAAAAUGCUGAGCAACCUUUUUUACCAUACCUGCCUGUGGCCCCACGGCACAUAGUAAAGUCAUUCAAAGUAGUGAUAAUCCCAGUUUUAUAAGUUAAAAACACACACGCGUACAGAUUUCUUGUAAACCGGUAGUUCAGGCCUGUCAUGGCUUCAAAAUUUUGAUGCACAUCUCAAAAGGAGAAGAAAUAAAUUUCAACUUUCUAUUUAUUCAGUUUAGGUUAGUGAGGUAAAUUGAGUCAAACUUUCCUUCAAUGACAGGUUCAAGAAAUUUUCUCAACUAAUUUAUAAGGUUAGCCUACCUACUGUACUGAUGAUGCACAAAAGAACUCUCUGUGGUAAGAGGGCAGGCUUUCCUUUCUUCAUUAGAAAAAUAUUGAGGUUAUCAUCUUUCCACAAGCUCAGUGGAAAGUGAGAGUGAGCAAGACUGAUAGUGACUAUGUUAUUUGAGUAAAUAUCCUGGCCAGAGAAGGAUAAAAGGCAAGGUAUGGUCUGCACAACUUUUUAAUUUUAAUUUUAUAAUCUAUUAAUCUAAGUCAUUUAUAUUCUUGCUUUGUGCGUUAUGUGAAUGCCAAUUAAUUUCACUUUCAUAUAGGUCAAAGUAAAAACAUUAAUUAAAAUAGCAGAGCCCACUUUAAUUUCAGUCCUAAUUAAAGGGGGAUCCUUGCUUUUCCAGUUUCCCACCCUUUAAAACUCAGAUAUCUUGUGACCAAUUCCUUAUAUCAAUGUUUAGUUUGGUUAUGAGCAUUGGUAAGAAACACCAUGCAUUAAUGAAAGCUUGAGCAAGAUUAUUUAAUGCAAUUCAAAUAACAAUAUUACAUGUUACAAUGUGGCAACUUACGCAGCAAAAUUAUAUAAUGACACAAUUUCAAACAAAGGAAGUCAGGUUAUUGACUCACCUGCCUCAACUAUUGAGGGCUUGGGGUACAAAGAAAUUGGUAUGGUAAACAGUUACAAUUAACACAAAGUUGAAAGUUUGAAAGCGAAGAGAUAUACAUUACAAUCAUCAAAUCCUAUGCAUCCUAGCCGAAAAAGGGCCAGUUACCACUAUAACUUCUCCAAGACAUUCAUACUUGCAGGAAAUCAUUAAUUUUUGUCACUAGGUGGUACUGUACUUACAAUAGUUCUACUGACACAAACGUAUUUUUCUCACAGCAUAUGACUCUACAGGCCAUGUGGAAGGUUCCUCCUUAGGGACUGACAUUUCAAUUACCGCAACAAACUGUAAUCAUCAGAAUUGCAAGCCAAGGUGUAUUUACCAAGUGCUUAAGUUUCCAAAGUAGUCACCUAAUUGUUACAAUCAAGUUCACUCCCUUUUGAUGCCAUAUUCAGCUUGAUCAUCCUGUUACAUGUGAAAACAUCUAAUAUUUUUCUCUUAUUCAAAUAAUUGCUUGAAUCAUAAGUUAUAUUUUUUGUAAUUACCUGCUUUCUUUAACCCUUAAAUCCCCAAGACUAACUAGCAUCUAAUUUCCCCUUCAAUAUCACCCCUGAAUCGAUCAUUAAGGUUACAAGAAUAAAGAAAAUAAUAAACUGAAGAACCUUUUGAUUGUUAAACAAAUUCUCCUCGCCAGCACAUUAGAGAACAGUAUGGAGAAUAUGCAUACUGAUGUUAGGAUGUAAAGGGUUAAUAGUGCUCCAGAAAUGGUAAAUAGUGUUGGAGAGAAAGGAAGAAAGUUCUUGAAACAUUCUGUGUUAAAUAAAACUUUGUUGUGAAUGUUACUUGUGAGGGCAAUGAAAACAUCUGUGAAGCUACUAUAACAAUUACCUUUCCAUGUAAACAAACCAUAAUAAAGCAAUUAAUGAUAUGAAUAAAUUUAAUUUCACCCAGUUUGAAUAUAGAAUCUGAAAUCUAAUUAACUUUAGUUAUUAGUGAAUAGGAAAAAGCUUAAUGUAUUUUUCCUGCUUCUGUCAUUCUUAAUAUCUCAAAUCAAUCAUGCCACCACUUCAGUGUGAUUUUUUUGAAGAUAUGUACUUUUUCUUAUGGUCAUCUAUUUUAGUAUCUAUCGUUUGCCAGCUGACAUCUGAGAAGAAUUAAGUCCACACUGGUGAUUUGACACUUUGUAAGCAAACCCUACAACUGAUUAAAUUUUAUUUGAUAAAAAACAUGAAGGGCAAUAGAGGAAAUUGGCCAGCACAAUUGAAGUUUCCCUUCUUAAGUAUUCUGUGAUCGUUUCUUCAAUCAUAUGGUGAAGUUUACAGUUUCCCUCAUUUCACUUUCUUCUGUUCAUCUGUUUGCUUUCCUAAUAAUCAUUAAAUGCAUAGAGCAUAUAGAAUGUGCACAGUUAUUAACACUUUCAUCCCUGAGAGUGACCAGCAUCUAAUUUCUCCUUUCAAUAUCAUCCCUAAAUUAAGCAUUAAGGUCAUGAGAAUAAAGGAAAUGAUAAUCAACUGAAGGACCUCUUGAUUGUUAAACAAAUUCUCAUUGCCAGCACAUUAGGAAAUUUAUUGAGAACAGUAUGGAGAAUAUGCAUACUGAUGUUAGGAUCUUCUAACACUUCAAUUAAAACAUAAAAUUAAAUUAUUUACAAGCAGGUUAAGGAGGAAAUUAAAGGAUGGACAUGUGUUACAUAAAAAGUAACCCCUUACAAUAAAAAUAAAGCAGAAGCAUAUUACCUACGUGUCUUUGCUUCUGAAUACAGCGAUAAUAGGUAUUUCUAAGCAGUUAUCUACAUAUCUAAACCAAGUGCAAUAUACGGUCGUAAAAGCAAUUUUAUUCCAACCUUCCUACUUGAAGGGUGCCUUGUGUAUCAAAUAUAUCAAGUUCAUUACCUCUAGAGUCAUAAGCCAGGCUUUUGGGGCUACAAAAUAAUAAAAUAAUCAACGCGUUGUGGCAGGCUAAUUUAUCGAGAGUCAAUUAAGUAUAGUUUCCUAAGAUCAUAUGGAAAGUUUAAAAUCUACUUCACUUGCGCGACAUAUACGGAUCUAUCUUUCUUAAUUACUGAUGAAAUCCCGAGAGUGUGACUCAAUUCAUUCAAAAGAAAAUAUCCAAGCAGGUUACAGAAAUGGUUCACAAAUUGUAAACUGAUGUGUUAAGAAAACCUCCUUAAAUUAUGGUGCCGACACGGAUUUCUCGUCCAUAAUCACUUAUGAAAUUCCGAGAUUGUUCCUCAAUGAAUUCAAUAGAAGAUAUCCAAGAAGGUUACAGAAACAGACUCUCAAAAACGGCUCUCGAAUUCGAAAACUGUAAACAACAAUUAUUUACGCUAACCAUGUACUUACCAGCGUGCAUAUGAGCUCAAAUUGCCAGGACACCGUUUAAUUACACAAUUAGAGCUCGGACGCUUCUUGCAAAAUGUGAUGACUAUCGAUUUCAGAGAUAGAUUCUUCAGUUUCCAGCAUAAGGAAAAAAUAAUCGUAUCGCAGGCAUGUUCAUCAUAACCCGAACAUUAAGUACGCCUCGAGAUGUUAACGGAAGAGAAAGUGGCUCCAUGUUUUGUGAGACAAUUGAAACCAUUUCCUGAAGUUCGAACGAAUCAAGUAAAAAAAAGUAAAAAGCAUGAAAACAUAGCCCUGAAAAGUACCAUGACUAAACAAUAAAAUUCACUCAUUCCGCAGUAGAACUAGCUCCAUUUUACCCGUGAGUUUGUUUGCACCACAUAUCUGCGGUCCGUAAUUUAAUUCUAAGAUGUUUGACGGGUUCUUGACAAUAUUGACAAAAUCAAAUUACUGCCUCAAACUUAAUGUGAACAUGGACAUCGCUGACUCAAUCUCAUUUUAUUUCAAUUUUGGGAAAGGCCAUUACUUCGUUCUUGAGGUAAAACAACAAUUGUUCGACAAAGCGCGAUUUUUUUAAGGAAUAGAGUAAAUCCUGCGAUAGUAGACAGAGGAGAGAAAGAGGUAGAAACUUGCGCUCGCCGUUCGCUAUCAUCUGAAAACUUCUAGGAAAAACAAAAUCCGUAAGAUAACUUCUUUUCCAUUAACACCACGACUGUAUAAAACACUCCAAACCACAGGACCAAAAAUACCUUGAAGAAUAUGAACACUUGAAGUGUUAUUCGAGCGAUGAACCGGCACGAAGGUUUUUAGGCGAUGAAGGCCAAAGUCAUUGUUUUAACGAAACGUGAUUUUAAUUAUAAACUGAAGCUAGUAUCAAACGACAAUUGGUAAAAAAAGGUUUGAAUUUUCCGAACCCCAGUGUUGAAGAAAACCCAGAUAAGACACGACUUACCUCCUCUUCCUUCUCGGAUCCUUUGUAGUUCGCUUCUCUUUGUUGAUGACCUCUUCUCGGUCUGUUUUCAGGAGAGCCUUUGUAUUCCUUCUCGCAUCGCUCCACGCAAGAUAAUCGCCUUUUUACUAAUGUCUUUUCUUGUUCUCUUUUGCGUUCCUCUCGCCGUAUUCUCCCUAUUUUGGUGUCCUCUCUAACUUUCUUCCGCGUUCUUCUCGACUCGCUUUACGUCUUUUACGUCUUGUUUUUUUUGGUCGCGUAGGCUCUUUCUUAUCAUCCUAUUUUCACUUAAAACUCUCUCUCCACGAACUUGAAUUAUAGCAAUUUCCUCCCGUUGACAAAGCUUUAGCUCUGCUGGUAUUGUUGCUUUGCGAGUUGAUUAGAUAUUGCGAAAUACUGAGAGUUACUGUUCAACUACAACCUCACCAAUUUGAUUUCCCGCUCAAAACGCGGGUUGCAAAUUAUUUGCUUACGCGGCUUCACAUCUACUAGCCCACGUAAAGCCCUCGUGCAAUGCCUACCGUGCGCCCACGGUACGCUACACUGAAACUCAACACUCGAGUAUGCGCACUUCAUUGUCAUCUGUCGGUGUCUCCUGGCGCACACUAAUGGGCUUUCCGAGUUACGCACGCUAUUGCGCCUGCGCAUUACCUUCUCCAUCGCCCUUCCAUUACGUAAUGGCAAAGAUAGUGCCCGUAGUACUGUUAGCCGCGCAUGCUAAAAGUAGCACCUUGUACGGUCGGUCGUACGGUCGUACGUCCAAAUUUUUUCGGCUUGAUGGGUUACUACUACUUCGGGCUACGCUGCGCGCGCCUCAAGCGCUGCGAGUUCCUGCUAUUAUCUAAUAGCAGAGCCUAAAGCAGGACCCCCGUUUCUCCACCCGUAGGAAGAUUGGAGACGAUCCGGGUAGAAGUUUGCUGAGUUUCCCUGUACCAGGCCCUUUGAAAACCUCUUGCCAGCUCCGGUUGAACAUUAUUAAGCAUGCCAAGCCCUUUUACCGUUUACUCAAUAUUUUCAGUCACUAUUUGUAUUUUCACUACCCCAGCGGGAUCGUUAAAAUUCGGCAAAAAUUUUAAAAAUACCCGACGAUACUACACAUCCGAAACAUCCAGCGACUUAUAUACCUUCAUACCCCAGCGGGAUCGUUAAAAUUCGGCAAAAAUUUUAAAAAUACCCGACGAUACUACACAUCCGAAACAUCCAGCGACUUAUUUACCUUCAUUAAUACUGUUUCUUGUGGUCGUCAACAGUGCUCCGGUGAAUGUCGCGGGAGACGUGGGCCGAGAGGCCAGCGAGGACGGACUGGGUCAAAAGGACAGCCAGGCCCUAAAGGACCAAGGGGACCCCUGGUCAGUACAUACUUUGCGCGUUACCUUGCCUUGAUAUUGUAAAAUGGUGUAAAGUGGAGUGAUAAAUGUUUUUAUAUAGAGAAUCAUAUAUGGGCGGGCGUAGAUAUGGAAUUUCUCUUCGAAUUCCAUACCUACAAGCAACCAUGUAUUAUUUUGUUUAUCAUAUAAACACAAUAGCCCUUCACUGGGAAGAAAAGCCGACUUCAUUAAUGAAUGAAAAUAAAUGAGUCGACAAUCCUCGAAUAACAAUCGUAGAGUGCGUUGGCGCUGACUCUGAAGAUCGAAAAAUGCGUUGAAUCAUGAUUACAAAAACAACAAUGGUCGUAAUUUUCAAUGAACAAAAUUCUCAUUUAUUGACUUUGUCUUUACUGACAGAAGUCUUUCAGGUAAACGGCCAAUAUCGGCUAGUGGCAAAUCUUCCAGUUGUCGAUUUUCAUUCUCAGUCGAGAGAAAUGCUAACACCAAAGCCACUGAAUACGCAACUUUCGGUUUUUCUUUCAGUGUAUUGGUUUUCUUCUCUUUCUAGGAAAGUUUGAACCUCAUUGUCUGUCAGCGAUACGGAUUUCUUAGUGUUUUAGCCGCCAUAAUUCGAGAAAGCUCCGACAAACGACUUGUAUUGAGAAUCGUUAAGGGUUUGCCGUUCAUUCAUUAACCUGACCGAGUGGCGUUAAGGCGAGUGAUGUGUAAGCACCUGAUUGGCUAUAUCAACACACGUGAAAAAUACGAUGUUUUUUCACGUGUGUUGUUACGGCUUUUCUCAGGGCCGGAAAUCCUUGUAUAACACCGUAUUUUAUGUGAUAAAUGUAUUUUACUCAUUUUAGGGAGAAAAUGGGCGAGAUGGACGGAAUGGGCAACCAGGACCUAUAGGAAUUGUGAGUAAAUGAAACUCAUUUUCUUCCAGCCGUGAACGUUCCAAACAAAGAAAAAGGCUGUUGUCUGUCACCAGUUUAGCUAACUCAAAGAGUCUACUGAAGAAUCUGACAUCACAAAGGAUAUCAGGUCAAAUUUCACAGUAGCCUUAAAGUCUUCACAAUUGUGAAAAAAGUCUUCCCGCUUGAAAUGAAAAAGGAUUCAAACAGUGUAUAACCUUUUACCAAGAGAUUAUGUUCUCUUGCCCUUCACAGAUUACGAAAGGGCAAAAAAUUCACGUUGGUAUCACUUUAAAUAAUUACCAUUGACAUUUCCGAAAAGUUCCCUCACUUUAAUCUUUCCUCCCAUUCAUCUACUUAUCAUUAAUUCUUUCAUAUUUUCUCAAGCCUGGACCCCCAGGAAUAAGUGGACCUAUAGGAAACAAGGGAAUCAUGGGACAAAAAGGAGAACAAGUAUGAACUUAAUACCAACUUAAUGUUUGUAGUAAAUACUUUUGACACUAUUAUUGUGACUACAUGUUGUCAUUUCCAUCCGUAGGAAUAUCCAUUUUAUGAGUACGUUAGGUCUCAAUUGAAGACACGGCAGACUUUGGUAAAAACUUAUGGAGCUCAUUGAAAACUUGUUGGACAAUAGUUCAAUUUGACGGACGUUAAUGGGGCAAGGACAUUUACUUUCAGCGUUAACUUUUUUGAACUUUCAGUAUUUCUGCAGAGUUCAUUGAAACGAUACUAAAACUAAAAUCAAUACAUUUAUCAAUGUCCUCCAAGGUCAACUCAUUAAGAUCUUAAGAUAUGAAUAUGACUACCAGACAGUUUGUUACCCUUGUCACUUUAAAAUGUCCAUUAUAACAAUAAUCACGCCUUUUUGUAGGAUAUAGCAGCUCAAGAAAUAGCCUAUUUUUAAACGUUUUUGAUGUACCUAACACUUCAUCUUCAUUUAUCCGCAAUGAUAAUUAGGACUUUUAAAUGUCUGCUAUUUUCGAAACUUCCCGAGACAUUGUAACGCUUUUAUCUAUUUUAGGGACUUCGUGGCCCAUCCGGUAUUCCAGGCCUUCCCGGUCUACCAGGGAGUUGUGUGAGAUCAGCGCCAUCCAACACCACUACCCCCACAGUAUUUUGUGGACUAGGUAAACAAGGUCUUAAAGGAAAUAAAGGGGAUAACGGAAACCGUGGAUUAUCGGGCCCCCCUGGGUCGCAAGGAAACAGAGGCCCACGAGGAAAUUUGGGUAAUGGAGGCCCCCCUGGGAAAAAGGGUGACAUUGGGCCCCCAGGCAACUUUCCUGAUCUGGAAUGUUUCCCUCGGUACACCAGUUGGGUAAAUAGAAGUGAGUGGUUCGAUAAAUAUCCCAAGGUGCAUUGUGAUAGGAGAGAAUUCUUACAAGGCUUCAGUCUGGAAAAAAGCGAUGCUCGCGGGCAGAGAAGAUACAAAUACACUUGUUGUACACUUGGACUGACCAAUGGUCCUUGAAAAGCUCAGCAAAUGAACUGAGCGAAGACCAAAAUAAAAACAGCCAACAGGCAAUGACUCGACUCACAACAAACAAAGGACGGAAAUUUUGAUUGAUGACAAAGUUGAAGAUAGUAUCUCUGAAGAAAGAUGAGAUAAGACAAAAGGUUUUUUUAUGCAUUGAAAUGAAGAUACAUAGUUAACACCUGUGGGAGAACAUUUCUUGACCGUCCGUGCCCACGUAAAAAACUCACCAGCAGUAGUCAAGUGUAAUCAGAAGCCAGAAAUUAUUGCUCCUGACGUAGGCCAUUACAUUUGAUGUAAUCUUCCGCAGAAGUUGUAGAUAUAAAGUCAUAAAGAAACCAAAUUGAAGUGCAGUCGGCUUUCUAUCAGCAUUGCGCUAAACGAUAGACGGAAAGAUAUUUGCUUCCAAAUCACGUUAUCUUAGUCUUUAAAAAUAAGAACAUGUAUCAUCAUGCCAUAUUCACCAUCAUGACGAUUAACUGCACAUAGUGCGCAGUGAAUUAGGAUUUCAGAUAUUUUUUAUAAGGGUGUGGGCUAUCAGCUGGGCACUAAUGCGAGCAUUGAUUUGCCUCCAAUAAGAAAUUGAGAUAGAAGACAGUUACAGAUCAUGAGAGUUACUUAACCACACUCCAAUAUAAAUGUGAUAGUUACGAUGUUAGAGCCUCGGACUAUUAAAAAAACGCUGCUCUUACUACCGUCAUCGUAAGAAUAACAGAAGAAAGCUAUUAAAGCUUGAGCUGCACACGUACUUAAGUGUUUGGACAGCAGUCAGCCCGAGUUACCAAAUUC